AUGGAUGUUGAGAUGAAGAAGCAGGACAUAGAUGUAGCAAGCACCAUGGAGACCAUGAAGGUCUGCAUCGAUAUGGCAAGUCUUGAGGAGAAACAGAUCAAUAAGGUGUGCAGGGAGUUCUAUGAGUAUGGAAAGACAUUCAUCGAUGACCUGCAGCGCGAGACAGUCCUACCCAAGAAGGUCGAGAGCAUAACAACCCUAAGAAAUCCGUCUGGACAGGGCACGAAGAAGUGGAGCAGGUAUAAGAUGAUUGUGCACCUUAGGAACUUCUAUCUGGAGGCCACACACCAACAGCUGGAAAAGGUUGUCCAAUUCCUUAGGAACUUUCCCCAUGUCGAAAUCAAUCUAAGCAUUCAGAAUUAA